AUGUCCGGCAGCUUUCGAUAUGGAGUAACAGACAGAAGACUGGAUAACACAUUCUGGAGCACUGCAAAUCUCAAAAGCAAAACCACUCAUCCUAGCAUUCGUCUCUUUGUCACCCACGGUGGAAUGAAUAGCAUCAUAGAGGCCAUCCAGCAUGGAGUACCCAUGGUGGGGAUUCCCUUCUUUGCAGACCAACCUGAAAACAUGGUUCGAGUAGAAGCCAAGAAAAUUGGUGUUUCUGUUCAGCUAGAGACUCUCAAGGCAGAGACAUUUGCACUUACACUGAAAGAAGUCAUAGAAGACAAGAGGUUCAAGACUGCAGCAAUGACUGCCAGGGCCAUCAGGCGCUCCCACCCCCUCACACCUUCCCAGCGUCUGGUGGGCUGGAUUGACCACAUCCUACAAUCAGGGGGAGGAGCACAUCUAAAGCCCCAUGGCUUUCAACAGCCAUGGCAUGUGCAGCACCUGCUGGAUGUUCUAUUGUUCCUGCUGGGGCUCACUCUGGCCACCUUGUGGCUGCUGAAGAAAGUGCUGGGCUUGUUGCUCAGGACCUUGUGUGUGGCUAGGAAGGAAAAGAAGGCAUAAUGUUAAGUUUGACCUGGGGAGGAUGUUGGGAGCUCUGGCUCUUUAAAGGCUUCCCUGUUCCCCAGCACAAGGAACUCCCAGGGUUCUCCUCUUUCCCUCUUCCUGCUGGUGGAGCUGCCAGUUGUCCUCACUAUUUUCUGUCUUUUUCAUAAUCCUCAUACAGUACAUUGACUGAUGGGGACUCAGCAUUCCCUGGAUCCCCUUGCUGUAGCACCAACCUUCCCUUGCCAGUCAUUGUUUCUCUUUACUCCUUUCUGUCAUUCACAGAGCUAUGUGUGUGUCAUCCUCUCUGUGACUUCUAGUCUCUGACUCUCAUGUUAGAGAGAUGUUAACUCAGAUGUUAGACAAAUUUAAUUGCAAAUGACCUUGCAGUUUAUUUUUAUUUCAUAGUUGUGUGGAUUAUCAUUUGAGAAUGCAUUAUCUCUACAUAGGUAGAGAAAAUAAGUAAAUAAUUUGAUAAUAUUGAAUGUUUCAAAGCUACUAAAAGGAAAAUCCAAAGUGGGUAUUGAGAAGAAUAAUAACUUUACCAUAUGGAUUUAUAUUUCAGCUUAAGGGCUGGUGUUGUUCUAUGUUUCCUGGCUGCCUAGACCCGAGAAAUAACCACACAGAAACUGUGUUAAUUAAAUCACUGCUUGGCCAUAUUACA